AUGAUGGAGGACACCCAGGCUGUUGACUGGGAUGUUGAGGAAGAGGAGGAGGCAGAGCAAUCCAGUGAAUCCUUGGGGUAUAGCUUGGAGCCUGUAGGGCGACUGCAUGUCUUCAGCAGUGCCCAUGGACCAGAAAAAGAUUUCCCACUAUACCUCGGGAAGAAUGUGGUAGGCCGAAUGCCUGACUGCUCUGUGGCCCUGCCCUUUCCAUCCGUCUCCAAACAACAUGCAGUGAUUGAAAUCUUCGCAUGGGACAAGGCACCUAUCCUGCGGGAUUGUGGGAGCCUCAAUGGUACUCAAAUCCUGAGGCCUCCUAAGGUCCUGAGCCCUGGGGCGAGUCAUCGCCUGAGGGACCAGGACUUGAUUCUCUUUGCUGACUUGCCCUGCCAGUACCAUCGCCUGGAUGUCCCCCUGCCCUUUAUCUCCCGGGGUCAUCUAAGUGUAGAGGAGACACCCAGGGUACAAGGAGGAACUCAACCCCAGAAGCUUCUGUUGGCUGAGGACUCAGAAGAGGAAGUAGAUUCUCUUUCUGAACGGAAUGUGGUGAAACAAUCAAAGAUCACAUCCUCCCCUUUGGCAACAAUAGUUCCAGAAAGUGAUGAAGAGGGACCUUCCCCUGCCCCAAGUGGCCCCAGGCGACCUUUUGCCUUCAACUUGGACAGUGACACAGAUGAGGAAGAAGGUCAGCAACCAUCUGCAGGGGACGCCCCCUCAGCUGCCAGAAGAGGUGCUGCUGCAGAGGCAGAGCAGCCUGAAGAUGAUGGAGUUGCAACUGAAAUCCAGCUCGAAAAGGAUCAGCCUUCAGUGAAGGAGAGGGACAGUUACUCAAAAGUUGAGAGGAAAGCAGGGAAUGGGGUGGUUCCAGUUGGGGUGAUUCUGGAGAGGAGCCAACCUCCUGAGAAGGACAGUGACACAGAUAUGGAUGAUGACAGCAAGCCUCCUGGAAGGCCAGCUGAGGUCCAUUUGGAAAGGGCCCAGCCUUCUGGCUUCAUCGACAGUGAUACUGAUGUGGAGGAAGAAGGGAUCCCUGCCACGCCAGCUGUAGUUCCUAUGAAGAAGAGGCAAAUCUUUCAUGGAGUUGGUACAAGGAAUACUGGGGCACCUAGCUUGGCACAUCUGCAGGAGAGCCAAGCUGGUAGUGAUACGGAUGUGGAGGAGGGUGAGGAACCACUGGCUGUCCCUCUAGAGCAAAGCCAAGCCUCUGUGGUGAUCGACAGUGAUACAGAUGAUGAGGAACAAGUCUCAGCAGCACUCACCUUGGCACGUCUGAAAGAGAGUCAAGCUGUUAUGUGGAACAGAGAUACAGAUGUGGAAGAGAAUAGGGCCCAGCCUGUGGUCCUUCUGGAACAAAGCCAAACAGCAACUGGGAGAAACAGUGACACAGAUGUGGAAGAGGAGGGGCUCUCAGUGGAAAAGAGAGAAACUGUUCCUAAGGGUCACACAGACAAAGCUGGAGCCCUUGUUAUAGAACAUUCAGAAAAGGGUCAGUCUCCUCGUGGGGACAGUGAUGUAGGUGUGCAAGCAGAUAGGAGCUCAUCUGGGAUCCACCUGGAGAGAAGGCAUGCCUCUGCCAUCGUGGACAUCAACACAGAAAUGGGGGAGAAAGUCCCACCAGAGCCAGCUGUUGUACAUCCAGAGAUGCAUCAGGUGCCUGUGGAGGUGACAGAUCAAACAGAUGUGGAAGCAGAGGGGGGCCAAGCAAAGCUGCCUGUGGUGCCUCUAGAAGAAGCCCAGCCACCUCCAGAUGGGGACUGUGAAACAGAUGUGGAGGAGGGCAUGUCCUCAGCAGCCUUAGCAGUGGCAGACGUAAGAAAGAGCCAGCUUCCAGCAGAAGGGGAUGCUGGGACAGAGUGGGCUGUGGCUGUUCUGGAGCGGGAGAGAGCUCUUGAGGUGGGGGCCCAGGGUGGGUCACCAGUGGCACAAGUGGAGCAGGACCUUCUCCCUGUCUCAAGGGAGAACCUCUCAGAUCUGGUGGUGGACACAGGCAUUCUAGGGGAAUCACAGAGAGAGGGAGCCCAGAUCCCCACAGGAAAAGGGACAGAACCAGAUGUGGGCGGGACCAAGGACUCCAAAGACAACCAUGGUGAUUCUGAAGAUCUGGAUCUUCAAGCUACCCAGUGCUUUGUGGAAAGAGAGAAUCAGAGCCUAGAAGGUGCCCUGGAUGAGCCAUGGGAGGUCUUGGCUACACAGCCAUUCUGUCUGAGAGAGUCUGAGGCCUCUGAAACCCAGCCCAUUGCCGCCUACCUUGAGGCCCAUGGAUUUUGCCUGUCGUCACCUAGGGUAACACCGCAAGACCAACAUCCAGAGAGCCCAGUCCACACAGAGCCAUUAGGGAUUCAAGGCAGAGGGAUGCCGACUGUGGAGAAAGACCUGGGUACAGCAAAAGAAACAGCAGAGAGGGUGACCCCUGAGAGGGAUACCAAGAAAUUGUCACCAGAAGGAGAGAGAGAAGAUGCAAUGGGUGAUGAAGAAUUAACCAGAGGCCAUUUGAAUUGCAAGAUGCCACCUGCUGAGCAGGCUUCCAGGGGUGAUCAGGAAUCCACAGAUGCUUGUCUGCCUCCUACAGUGCCUGAAGCCUCAGCCGCACCACCACACCCUCUUAUCUCUCAGAGCCAAACACAUUUUGCAUGUCAGCCUCUUCUUUCUCCCUCUGCACCUCCUUUUCAGCCACCCAUUCCUAAGACCAGGCAAAAUGGGAGUCAGGAAGCUCCAGAGACUCCCUUGACCUCAGAGCUGCAGCCUUUCCACCCCAAGCCUACAGUCAGUCCCCCUGAGUCCUCUAGGAUGACACCUUCUCUAGUUUCCAGUACUGCCCUUGAGCCCCACCCUACUUUACCCACAGCCCAGGCUCUGAGCCCUGAGCCCACAUCUCGGGCCACUCAGGGCAGGACAUGUAGGUCCUCUAGCAAGACUCCUGAACCAGUUGUCCCCACUGCCCCUGAGCUCCAGUCUUCCACCUCCAAAGACCAGCCUGUCAUCCCUUGGCCCACAACUCAGGCCUCUCGGGGCAGGACCCGUAAGUCUUCUAGCAAGGUCCCUGACCCAGUUGUCCCCACAGCCCCUGAGCUCCAGCCUUCCACUUUCAAAGACCAGCCUGUGACCUCCAAAUACACAUCUCGGGUCACUCGAAGCAGGACACAUGGAUCCUCUAACAAGACUCCUGAACCAGUUGUCCCCACUGCCCCUGAGCUCCAGUCUUCCACCUCCAAAGACCAGCCUGUCAUCCCUGGGCCCACAUCUCGGGCCACUCGGGGCAGGACCCGUAAGUCCUCUAGUAAUACCCCUGACCUAGUUGUCCCCACAGCCCCUGAGCUCCAGCCUUUAACCUCCAUCAACCAGCCUGUUACCACCAAGCCCACAUCUCGGGCCACUCGAGGCAGGACACAUAGGUCUUCUGGCAAGACUUGUAAACCAAUUGUCCCCACAGCCCCUGAGCUCCAGUCUUCCACCUCCAAAGACCAGCCUGUCAUCCCUGGGCCCACAUCUCGGGCCACUCGGGGCAGGACCCGUAAGUCCUCUAGUAAUACCCCUGACCUAGUUGUCCCCACAGCCCCUGAGCUCCAGCCUUUAACCUCCAUCAACCAGCCUGUUACCACCAAGCCCACAUCUCGGGCCACUCGAGGCAGGACACAUAGGUCUUCUGGCAAGACUUGUAAACCAAUUGUCCCCACAGCCCCUGAGCUCCAGUCUUCCACCUCCAAAGACCACCCUGUCAUUCCUGAGCUCACAUCUCAGGCUACUCCAGGCAGAACUCAUACAUCCUCUAGCAACACCCCUGACUCAGUUGUCCCCACAGCCCCUGAGCUCCAGCCUUCCACUUCCAAAGACCACCCUGUCAUCCCUGGGCCCACAUCUUGGGACAGUCAGGGCAGGACCCAUAGGUCCUCUAGCAAGACCCCUGAACCAGUUGUACCCACAGCCCUUGAGUUCCAGCCUUUAACCUCCACCAACCAGCCUGUCACCCCCAAGCCCACAUCUCAGGCCAUGAGAGGUAGGACACGUAGGUCUUCUAGCAAGACCUCUGAACCAGCUGUCCCCACAGUCCCUGAGCUCCAGUCUUUCACCUCCAAAGACCAGCCUGUCAUCCCUAGGCCCACCACUCGGGGCAGGACCCAUAGGUCCUCUAACAACACCCCUGACCCAGGUGUCCCCAUAGCUCCUGAGCUCCAGACUUUAUCCUCCAAAGACCAGCCUAUCACACCCAAGCCCACAUCUCGGGCCACACGAGGUAGGACAUGUAGGUCUUCUAGCAAGACCUCUGAACCAAUUGUCCCCACAGCCCCUGAGCUCCAGCCUUUAACCUCCAAAGACCAGCCUAUCACCCCCAAGCCCGUAUCUCGGGCCACGCAAGGCAGGACACGUAGGUCUUCUAGCAAGAUCUCUGAACCAAUUGUCCCCACAGCCCCUGAGCUCCAGCCUUUAACCUCCAAAGACCAGCCUAUCACCCCCAAGCCCGUAUCUCGGGCCACGCAAGGCAGGACACGUAGGUCUUCUAGCAAGAUCUCUGAACCAAUUGUCCCCACAGCCCCUGAGCUCCAGCCUUCUGCAUCUAAAGACCAGCCUGUGACCCCCAAGGCCACUUGGGGCAAGACUCAUAGGUACUCUAGCAAUACCCCUGACCCACUUGAACCCAUAGCUCCUGAGCUCCUGCCUUCCACUUCCACCAACCAUCUUGUCACCCCUAAUCCCAUCUCUCAGGCCACUAGGAGCAGGACACAUAGGUCCUCUGUUAAGACCUCUGAACCAGUUGAAAUGACAGGCCCUGAUCUUGAGCCUCCCACCACCACAGACCAUACUGUCACCUCUGAGGCUGUAGCUCGGGGUGGUCAGAGCAGGACACUAAGGUCUUCCACAACAUCUGCCAUGCCAGUUCCUACCACCCCUGGUUCCCAGUCUCCUGUGACCACAGCCCAGCCUGUUCUCCCAGAACCCAUUCCUCAAGCCAGGUGCAGCAGGAGACAGAGGACUGCUGGGAAGCCUGACUCUCUCACAGCUCCCAUUUUCCACAGACCUUGCUCUGCACCCUUUGAACCUCAAUCCCGAUCCUCAAGGAACCAAAGACCAAGAACAUUGAGAGCAGUUGAGUCCCUUAGGACAAUUUCUGAGCCUUCCUUUCCCCAGCUUCUUGAGGUGCCCGCUCAUGUUCCCCAGGUAGAAACGGUGGAAACAGCAGGUAAAUUUGGGUUCACUCCAGAGCCCCAGCCUGAGGCCUCUCAAAGCCACAAGAGGCCUUUAGCUACCAUGGAUUCACCCCCACAUCAAAAACGGCCCCGCAGAGGGGAAGUCCCCCAGAAGACAUUGUUACUCAAGGAAGAGGAAGAAGAUGCUGCAGAGAGGCCAAGGAAGGAAGAGGAUGUAGUGAUUCCAGGACCAGUCAAGAGAAAGAGAGACCAGGCAGAGGAGGAACACAAGGGAAUACCGAACCACAGCCUCCGACGGACCAAACCCAACCAAGAAUCUACAGCCCCCAAAGUGCUCUUCACAGGAGUGGUGGAUACUCGUGGAGAACGGGCAGUGCUGGCACUCGGGGGGAGUCUGGCUGGCUCUGUGGCAGAGGCUUCCCACCUGGUCACUGAUCGAAUCCGCCGAACAGUCAAGUUCCUGUGUGCCCUAGGGCGGGGGAUCCCCAUCCUCUCCCUGGACUGGCUGCAUCAGUCCCGCAAGGUUGGUUGCUUCUUGCCCCCGGAUGAGUAUGUGGUGACCGAUCCUGAGCAGGAGAAGAACUUUGGCUUCAGCCUCCGGGAUGCCCUGAGUCGGGCUCGGGAGCGAAGGCUGCUGGAGGGUUAUGAGAUUCAUGUAACCCCUGGGGUCCAGCCUCCACCACCUCAAAUGGGAGAGAUCAUCAGCUGCUGUGGAGGCACUGUCCUACCCAACAUGCCCCGGUCUUAUAAGCCUCAGAGAGUUGUGAUCACAUGCCCCCAGGACUUCCCUCGAUGCUCCAUUCCAUUUCGGGUUGGGCUGCCCCUCCUCUCACCUGAGUUCCUGCUGACAGGAGUUCUGAAGCAGGAAGCCGAGCCAGAGGCCUUUGUCCUCUCCACUUUGGAAAUGUCAUCCACAUGAAAUUCCCAGUAUCCUUUUCCCUCCCCGACCAGUAAAUAAAGUAUUAGAAAAUAUUUGGAAGAAAGAACUCAGAGCUUUAAAAGGAUUGGGGUAUACUGUCCUGCAACAUGGGUGGGACUAGAAAGGUUUAUGAGAAAACACAAAGAUAGGGAGAUUGGGAGCCAUAGAUUUUCUAAAAUGGCCGUUUUAUCUUUGUGUGUGUGUGUUUGUGUGUGUGUGUGUGUGGCUGGCUGGUACGGAGAUCCAAACCCAUGAUUUUGGGGUUAUAAAGGCUGUGCUCUAACCAACUGAGCUGACCGGCCAGCCUAAAAUGGCCAUUUUAAAACUGGCCAGACCCACGCUCGUAUAUCUUAAGUGGGUGGGUGCCCAUCUUUAGCCGGACUGACGCUGUUGUCACUCCAUGGCACGCACAGUGUCCUGCCUCCUAUUCAGACACCAUCUCUCUUCCUCUUUUCUUGCUGGGAUUCUUACUUAUCCUUGAAAGACGGUGGAAACAGCUUUGGCCUCAGGAACUUGAGGGGAUGCUUGGAGUGAGGGUAGAGUUAUGGAAUGUAACUCAAAUAUUUUCCUCUCCCCUGGCCUCUAGAAGCAUCUUUUAGCUUUGAGCAAGUCUCUGCACUUUUCUGGCCCGCUUUUCCAGCGUUUAUAAAAUUAGAGCUAAGGCUUGACUUCUGUGAAAAAUAAAUAUUCACUCUGUGCCUUA